AGACUUUCAGCUUUCCUGUAACCUCAGCUGUGCUCAUGCUGCUGCUGGCAGUCGGCUGCACCAGCACCUACAAGCCUGUCAUCCUUGUGCACGGGGUCUUAAGUGGACCAUCAUCUUUUAAAACCCUCACUGGUUUCAUUAAAAAGGCGCAUCCAGGUACCGAGGUGACAGCGAUUGAUCUGUUCAAUAAUGAAAAUAGCACCAAGUCCAUGUGGGAGCAGAUCGACGGCUUUGCAAAGGUCACCCAAGAAAUCAUGGAGAAGUCUCCAGAGGGAGUUCAUCUUCUGUGCUACUCUCAAGGGGGUCUAAUUUGCAGAGGAGUUCUUUCCAAGCUCCCAAACCACAAUGUGCAGAACUUCAUUGCGCUGUCAUCACCGCUAGCUGGACAAUAUGGAGUGCCCGAUUACCUGAGGAACACUUUUUUUCUUGGAAUAAAAUCUGUGUACGUUUGGUGCUACGGACUGCUAAAGUACUUUUCUGUUUGCAACUACUGGAAUGAUCCUCAUCAUCACAAAGAAUACUUGGAAUACAACAAAUUCCUUCCACUGCUGAAUGGUGAAAAAACGCACAGUGAAAUGGCAGAGUGGAAGAAAAACUUCUUGCGCAUCAAGAAGCUAGUGCUGAUUGGAGGACCGGAUGAUGAUGUCAUCACCCCGUGGCAGUCCAGCCACUUUGGAUUCUACAACAACAAGGAAUCCAUUAUUGAAAUGAAGAAACAGAACUUUUACAAGAAGAACCCGUUUGGUCUGAAGACUCUGGACACUCGCGGCGACUUAAUCGUGUGCACUCAGUCUGGGGUCAAACAUGUUGAGUGGCACUCCAACCUGAGUGUGUUUGAGAAAUGCAUUCAGAAAUGGCUUGACUGAAGAUGAGACGAGCCUGAUUCAGCUGAGGAUCAGUGCUGUCUCAAAAGAACUCUGCAUGCGCUUUAGAGAGAAUCUGCAACGCUUUCAGGUUCUAGUUGGCAACUGUUAGCGGCAUCUAGUGUUGAAAAGUAGGACUACAACCAACUGAACACCAAUAUUCAAAGCCAAAAUGAAAUUCCUAGAAGCACUGGUGUUUCCAUCUGUCAGUUUAUUUCUCCUCCAAUGUGUUCAUGUGAUCAUGAUUCAUCAUUUUAGGACAAACAGUUUAAUCUUUAAAA